CAAUGGUUAGCGUUUUCUUCGCGAACAUACUAGUUUCACCUCCGAAUUCUUCCAGGGCUGCACGAAUUGCAGCGAGCUCGGCGCGUGUAAUAGUGUUAGUGCAGCCAAAUCCAUUUGGGUUUACGUAGACAACACGGUCUUUAUGCCAAGCACAAGCCCCAGCCACUUGUAGUUCUCUACCGUUUUCAGUAGUUAUCUUGGAUACCGAGCCAUCGGUCCAUACAAUUUCCUCGGGGUUGUGGGCCAGCGGCAGUGUACGUUGGAAUUGUGUCCGAUUCAACCUCGGUGUCGCUGGAGCUUCGUCAGGCGUGACCAUAGUAGCAAUGUUCUGGGGCACGUCAGUGCCGAGUCCAGGCUCCAUCCCAGCUGUGCCUGGGGAGUCAAGUUCUCCGUUCGUCCAGGUGGCGAGUCGGCGGCAGAGCGGGCUGCGCACAACGGCUCGGACGGUUGCCGAGGGGAGGGACGUCUGGUGCUGUGGUGCCGUCUUAUGAUCAGUUUGCCCCGGGUCGCGCCGAUAUCUGUGCAGCAGGGCAGCCACCGCCUCCUCGAAGGCCUUGGUCCGGUUGUUGUUGGUCCGGUUGAAGCUUUCCCAGAGCGUUUGAAGGCGUGCGUAGGUGAGCAUGCCAAGCCAGCGUCCGCUGGGUUCAUAGACAUGGGCCUCUCGGGGGAGGGCCCGGCCUGCUGUGGGGGUAGUGAUGGCGUAGCUGCCUGGGGGGGAAACGUCGUGGUAGGGAUCGCUGGGGACGGUAGAGAUGAUGGUUGCUGCGCGGGUCACCCGUGCACGCGCUGCUUGAUCAUCCGGGUCGUCAUCGUGUCGGCCCUGACGUUGCCGCAUUGUCAGGUUGCGAUCCUUUGGAGGCCGUGUGGGGCGGGCGGGUGCAUCAGGUCCCGCAGCAAGUCGAUUGGUGUAUUCUGAGAUCAGCUCCUCCCACUCCAGGUCAUGCUUAAGGUCACGCUCACGCUCAUUGCUGUUUGCCCACGUAACUUGGCGCAGGAGACGAGUCGACCUCGAUGAAAAGAGGGCCGCACGUGGGGCAUGUGUUGUCUCGGGUGGCCCGGGCGCAGGUGCGGUGGGCGGCGCGUAUGCGGGUAGGAUGCCGGCGGGUUGAGCCGCUGUUGCUGUGUCUGCGGCUGUCGUGCCGGCCCCGUCCGGGUGGGGCUGCGUCGCGCGUGGGCGAGCCUGCAGUGGGUGCUUGUAGCAGCGCACGUCUGUGACCGUGGCGUAGCCCAUGCGUGAGAAGGCGGUGACUAGGCCAGGUGGGAUAACAGAUGGCUUCCAUUGGACCGCAAAGUAUGGCUCGCGGGUGUUGGUUGUGUCCUCGCCCGCUUUGCG